CAGCAGAGGGCGCUUUUCGCCGCUCAGUGCUGCUCCGACCCCCGAACCCCAGCGGCCGCUGGCUCCCCUCCAGGCUCGGUUCGCGGGCUCUGGGCGGCUAACCGCGUCCGUCCGCCCCGAUUCCCACUCCCGCAAGCUCCCUGGUCCCGCGUGGCGGGCGGGAGGGCGGCGGAGGGCAGCGGGACGCUCCGUGCCGGCCGCGUCGUGCCCACCGGCGCCCCAUUACCCGCACGGCAGGGACCUCCCGGCCGCCGGAUUUCUGACUUAGAAAUCACACUUUGUCCCGCAAGUUUGGGAUCUCGGACCACUUGAGGUUUCGUAAAACCGCGCCAACACGUAAAGAAAGUGUCGCUUGCAGCGAUCGUGGGGGAGGGCCACGCGGGCCGCGGAAGGCGGAGGAGGCUGCGGGCCGAGCACCCGCCGAAGCGGAGCCACCACCUCCCACCGCCGGCGCCCCAGGGGCCACCCUCAGGCGAAGACCGCGGUACCCGGAACGCCCGGAAGGGGUUCUGGAGCGGCCUGCCCUUUCGGCUCCCGGCCAAGGGCCGCGCCUCCCUCCCAGCCCCAGCGGCGGCCGCGCUCUGGCCGGGUGACCGCUGGACGUCCGUGGAGGGCCCCGCCGGAGCUGCCGCCGCCGCCCGCGCUCCCGCCCGCUCGGCCAUGGGCGCCGCCGGCUCGUCGGCUCUGGGCCGCCUCGGCCUCCCAGCGCCGUCCCGGCCCGCCUGGCUCGGGGCGGCCGCGCUGGGACUGGCCGCCGUGGCGCUGGGGACGGUCGCCUGGCGCCGCGCGCGCUGCAGGCGGCGCCGGCGGCUGCGGCAGGUGGGCACCGUGGCGCAGCUCUGGAUCUACCCGGUCAAGUCGUGCAAGGGGGUGCCGGUGAGCGCGGCCGAGUGCACGGCCUUGGGGCUGCGCUGCGGCCACCUGCGGGACAGGUUUUGGCUGGUGAUCAACGAGAAGGGGAACAUGGUGACGGCCCGGCAGGAGCCUCGGCUGGUCCUGAUUUCCCUGACUUGCGAGGGUGAUGCCCUGACCCUCAGUGCAGCCUACACGCAGGACUUGCAGUUGCCUCUCAAGACCCCGGCCACGAAUGCGGUGUACAAGUGUAGAGUGCACGGCCUGGAGAUCGAGGGCAGGGACUGUGGGGAGGCUGCGGCCCAGUGGAUUACGGGCUUCUUGAAGACGCAGCCCUACCGCCUGGUGCACUUCGAGCCUCACCUGCGACCGAGAAAUUCUCACCAAAUAUUGGACGCGUUCCGGCCCACCGACCAGAUUGCGUACUCCGAUGCCAGCCCCUUCUUGAUCCUGUCUGAGGCAUCGUUGGCAGAUCUCAACUCCAGGCUGGAGAAGAAAGUUAAAGUGACUAACUUCAGGCCCAAUAUCGUAAUAUCAGGAUGUGGUGUCCAUGCUGAGGUGCAUUUUAACGACGGUGGACCCGGACACCGGCGUCAUGAGCAGGAAGGAGCCGCUGGAGACCCUGAAGAGCUAUCGUCUGUGUGACCCUUCUGAGCAGAAGCUGUAUGGAAAAUCACCUCUCUUCGGGCAGUAUUUUGUUCUGGAAAGCACAGGGACCAUCAAAGUGGGAGACCCUGUGUACCUGUUGGGCUAGGAGUAGGAAUCGUGUUCUGGAAUGUCAAAUACCUUUGAAAAAAUGUCCUCAAAAAUUGCCAACACUGGAAGCGAAGUUCUGGAACUGACGCCUCAGCAUUUUCUUGAGGUCUGUGACUUCCAAGCACUUUGUCUUUUGGACUUCCUGGUGCCUCAGUGCCCCCACCCCCCGCCCCCAGUGCCUUUGUGUAAAGCAAAGAAACGUAGUCAUGAUAACUUAAGAGGACUUCAGUAAGUCGCUUAAAUGACGAGAAAAUUCUGAAAACCCCUUCUGUAACGGUGACUGUGGGGUCUGUGCUCCUCCUUUUCCAUUGACCUAUUCAGAGGGCUAACCUGUGUCAUCUCAUUACCGCUCGGUAGGGAAAGAGAAGAGCAAGAGGAAGAGUGGGCAGGUGAGGGGAAUGUUCUGGAAAAAUGCGAUGGACACAGACUAGCUCCCCAGAUAAGGCUGGAGGGUCACAUCGCUUUUCUCCUCAAGCCCUAGACUAGCUUUUGAGAAGGCAGAAAGAGCCUGACUUUUGGGAAACAAUCGAGAUGUUAAUUUUCCAGGGGUCAUCUUGGACCUUGCUCCUCAGACAGUGACUGCGCAGGUUUGAUGGAUCCUUCGUAGCACGUGGUGUGUCUGGGCUGGAGAGCAACAGGCAUGUCAGGGUAGGAAGUCAGCUCAGAGCAGCAUUGCUGUCAGACUCUGAUAUGGAACAUGUGAAAAGUAAGACAAAACCUUCCUCGCCUUGCAACAAAAUAUCAAUAUAUCUCAUUAGUAAUCCCAAAGCUUUCCCAACAUAGGAGAGUGGACAGUAGCACUAGAGGGGGAAAGACCCCUAGUUUGAUGUUGUCUGAGAGGCUGCUUAAUGUUGCCCAGGGAAAUGUUGGGGUUCCUAUUAGCAGAAGAGCCAAAAGAAGGGGCCAGAAGAAGAUGCCACCUAGUGGUGGUGAAUGGUAGCUCAGCCCAUGCUGAGGAAAACAUUGAAAAAAUACCCGUGGAUGGGUUUUAAUUUUCCAUUUCUGAACUUUUUUUUUUUUUUUAAAGGAAGUGGGGGUACCCUCCAGGGGCUCUCUCCUUCUCAGCUGUAAAUAUUUAAUUUCUUAAAAGCUCUCAGGAGGAUGACUGUGUUGUCACAAAGCCCUCCGGGAUCCUUGCUUGUCCCAUCAACUCAUGACUGGCACAUCACCUUAGCUCAUGACCAGCUACGCGUCCUCAAAUUCAAGGUGAGAAAGUUCUGGAGGCCACGGAUGAGAAGAAAUGUGAUUUUGUGAUUUGAAAUAAACCACUGAGAACCUUUCAAAGGAGAAAAA